UCUUAUCAAGUAGUCUUGUUAUUUCAUGAUUCAUGAAGUCAACCACCCGUGGAAGUCGUUCUACCCAUUCAGUGUUUCUGUUAUUAGGAUCCGCUAAAUCACGUGAAUAUUGGUGUGAAAACAAACGUUCGGCUAUGGAGCGAUUGAAUCUCUCUACUAUAGCUUGACUUCGAUGGGCUCCCACCUCACCGCGUCUAACUUCUACGUUUUUCUUGGUUAGCAGUUUCGACACGGAUCCCAUGAAUUCCCGGCCUGGAUCGACUUGCAAUAAAUCAGGCCAUGUAAGCCUACUACACUUGUAUAUUCGCUUAAACGCUUGUGCUACUUGAUCCGAGUCUUUCGUGGUUAAUGGUUCAGCUUCCUUGUAGCGGCUGGCUACGUCUACAACUGUCAGGGCGUACUUAUAGGUUUUACCUCUCACCCUGUCGUGUGGAAGAAACAACAGGUCGGCCUGGUGAACUUGAUUAGGUGUAUGUAUACCGAAUUUUCUCCUCGGUAUAUAUUUUGGUGCUGAUCAGUUUUAGCCAUGGCGACCAAGGAAGACAGUGAUGCAGGAGUUCCAAUGACAGAGUUACAUUGUCAAGGAGAUGACAGAAGUGAAUCCACACCACAGAGAGAAUCAUGGAGCAGACAUUUGGACUACAUGCUGACAAUGAUUGGCUACUGUGUUGCAUUGGGAAACCUGCUGAGGUUCCCCUACAUCUGCAACAGGAACGGUGGAGGAGCUUUCCUCAUCCCCUUUGUCUUGAUCCUGGCCAUCGCUGUGUUCCCCUCAUUCUUCCUGGAGGCGACCAUCUCGCAGUUCUCGGGAAAGGCUGCCAAACAAGUCUGGAGCUUCUGUCCUAUGUUUAAAGGAGUUGGUGUUGGUGCUGUUGUAGUUGCAUUCGUGUUCAUGCCCUAUUACAACCUGUAUCUGGCCUGGCCUAUCUACUACAUGGUGAAGUCCUGCUCCAGCGUCCUGCCCUGGACAACUUGUGGCAACAGCUGGAACACCGACCUGUGUAUUGACUACGGGAAUACAACGUAUAGCAGAAACAAGACAGCCCUUGCAGGGAAUACGUCAUAUACCAUCACCAAAUCCGAGAAGUGGGAAAAUAUGACUUUAGCUCACACACCUGCGGAGGAGUUUUGGCACUACAAUGUCUUGGGUGUCUCAACGGGCUUGGAGGAUGUGGGGUCUGUACAGUGGCACAUAGUUGGAUGUCUCUUGUUUUCAAUUGUCGUAAUCUUUAUAUGUCUUAUUCGUGGAGUCAAGUCUGUUGGUAAGGCUGUGUACGUGACUGCGCUGCUGCCGUACGUCCUCCUCAUCUCCAUCUGCAUCACGACGCUGCUGCAACCAGGUGCUCUAAAUGGCGUGUAUUACUUUUUUAUACCUGACUUCAACAAACUACUUGAUAUACAGGUGUGGCUGGAAGCAUGUUUGCAAGCGUUUUAUUCACUGGGAGUUGGCCUAGGGAUGAUUGGCACUGCUGCCAGCUACAACAACUUCCAUGAACCAUGUCUCAGAGAUAGUGUCAUAUUGACGAUUAUCUCUGAAGGAACCAGUAUCUUCUCUGGCCUGGUGACGUUUGCUGCUCUCGGGGUCAUGUCACAUAAAACGGGUGUUCCCAUUGAAACUGUUGUCUCAGGGGGUCCAGGAUUGGGAUUUGUGACUUAUCCUGACGCUCUCGCACAACUUCCGGUCCCUCAGCUGUGGUCAUUCAUGUUCUUUCUGAUGUUGUUCAUGGUUGGUUUGGAUACACAGUUCCUGAGUACUGAAGUCGUUAUUACUGCCCUGAUUGACCAGUAUCCGCGACAGCUGAGCAAGAAGAGGAUGUUUCUCACAGGAGGGUGCUGCCUGACAGUAUUUCUGAUUGGAAUCAUCUUCUGUACCCAGGUCACUAUGCUUACCUGA